AUGUCUUCUGAUAUAGAUGUUAUACCAGCGCCUAUCGAUCCAGCUUUACUGGGAACCGACGUCUCCAGUAAGGAAGCUUUCGGCUUAUCUCCAGAUGUUUUGUUAUUGACAAUAAAUCAAUCAAUCAAUACUGAGUGUAUUAGUGAAAACAAAUCAUUAAUAACCACAUGUAUAAUAUUUAUUUUAUCUGUAAUAGUUACAGUGGCUACAGCUGGUGGAAACUUUCUAGUUAUUCUCGCUGUGAUCUUAGUAAAGAAACUUCAAACACCGAGUAAUAUUCUUAUUGGUAGUUUAGCAUUCAGUGAUCUCUUUGUAGCAUUAUUAGUUUUGCCAUUUACAAUAAUUGAUGCCUUUAAAGGAUACUGGCCAUUCAAUGAAGGAUUAUGUGAUAUGUAUAUAUCUUUUGAUGUACUUUUAUGUACAGCAUCAAUUCUAAAUCUUUGCGCAAUCUCUAUUGACCGGUAUUUGGUUAUAACAAGACCGUUAACUUAUGCAAGUAGGCGAACACCUUGCAGAAUGGCUGGUAUGAUAGCUGCUGCUGGAUAG